AAAAUAAAAAGUUGAACUUCCCUAUAUUUUUUAAUAUGAUCCGGCGUUCAUGUUAUAAAUGUGGGGAUUUAGGUCAUUUUGCCGAUUCAUGCGCCAAAACUGAUAGAUUAUGUUAUAAUUGCAAACAACCUGGACAUGAAUCUAAUGCUUGCCCAUUCCCUAGAACUACUGAAAGGAUGCAAUGUUAUUAUUGUCAAAGUAUAGGGCAUAUUCAGGCGGACUGUCCAUCUUUUCGACUAAAUCCUAUUGGAUCAGGUGGACGUUGUUAUAUUUGCGGCAUAAUAGGUCAUCUUGCACGGGAUUGUCACGGGAUUUCUACUUUCUCUUCUGUUCAUUUUGUUUCAACACGCUCUCAAGUUUGUUUUAAAUGUGGUGGUCCAAAUCAUUUUGCAAGAGAUUGUCAAGCUCUUUCUGUUAAAUGUUACGCAUGUGGGAAAUACGGGCAUAUUUCAAGUAUAUGUGAGAAUGCUUCUCAGACUUCAAAAUCAUGCUAUCGUUGUGGUAAUUUGGAGCAUCUUGCUAAAGACUGUACAAUUAUUACAACAAAUAAUGAUCAAGAUUCUAAUGAUAAUAUUUCUUCAACAAAUAAUCCUGUAUCACAAACAACAUUGGUGUCUUAA